AUGGAGUGGCAGACUAGGGCGAGAUUUAACGAGAUAUGGCAGAUUAUCGUUGCCAGUAAGAGACCCGGUAACAAGGCGAGUUUAACCUACUGCGAAUAUCAGGAACGACUCAAUCGGGUUCAAUGGCUGAAAGAGGAAUCGGAAGUAGGCGAAGUGUUCUUAACGGCAAAGGAUCAGCGAUUACUCAUCAAGUAUGACGUAAUAAACGUGGGUGGUCGCGAUUGGUUGGUCCAACCACAAGAAGAUGAUGUAUCCACCAAACACCUUUUGUACGUGACCAACGACGAGCUAUUCGACGUGUUGCACGAGGCGCACCUGGAGACCAAUCACGGUACCGAGCAGCAGAUGAUCAACCAAAUCCGGCUCAAGUACUGCAACGUGACGAGGGAGGCAGUUAUGACGUACCUGGAACUGUGCCCACACUGCUUCAACCCGAGACAGGACCUGCAGAUGCUCGAGGAGAGUGCGAUACCGCCGAUAGUGGCACCUAUGCCACCCUUUCCUAAUUGCGUCUAUGGGAAAUCGGUCUACUUCGGAAUGAUCGACAUGCAACGAUGUGCCCGCGACGGUUACUCGUACAUCUUGGUCCACUGGGACGUCGGCACCAGGUUAAUCCACAUCCUACCGCUUCAGAGUAUGAGUUAUGUGCACGUGGCCAUCGGUUUGAUGGAAAUUUACUCGUCGUUUGGCAUGCCAGAUUUUCUUGAUGCACCGUACGAUAUGCCGUACAUUAUUUCGGUGGUUAAUUAUAUAAAAUCCGUGUGGCAUAGUGGAGUUUCCAUCAAUCUCAGGACUGAAGACGACCCAAAUGCAUUAAACAGCGGCGCUAAUUUGGUAUUUUCAAUAAUGGAACCGUGGUUGGGAGACGAAAGAUUUAUACGCAACUGGCCAUCGGAGAUCAAGCACACACAGUUCAUGAUGAACAACAUGACUUAUUCGGGUAAGAACUUAUCAGCUACAACCUUGUAUCUUUGUUGCCAAUAG